CCUUUGUAUGGUGAAGGUACACGACUCCCAUAGUAACACACAAGUGACACCCUCCGGAGGCUAUUUUCUGAAAUCGCCCGGACACAAUGGAGCUAUAUUCCCCGGACAGAUGAUCGGGAGCUUGUGAAGAGCCGGGACUAUCAGAUGAGAAAGAAUUUCGAUUCCCUUCAUCUAAACAGCACAGUAUCCAUUGCCCAUGCUCUCCUCAGAGUCCAAAAGACUUCCCUUUCUGCUGCGCUUCGCCGCCCGUCAGUACAGCGCAAACCACAGUAUCCAACGCCAGACUAUAUUCCGAAAACAUUGCCUCGCAUCCUCCCACCCAGCUCUCAACCGUCUUAUUCACUCUUCCAGCUCUCCGUCUCCAUCUCCAGUGUCAUCUUCCGAGCCACUCAGUGCUUUAGUCCCGGAAAACUCGGAGACUUGUUUUGCUGAUGACAGCAACGGCUGCGAUUGCGAUGAUGUGGAUUCAAUCUUGACUUAUUCACCGAACUUAAAUGCAACUAAUGGUGGUCAGUCUGUGGAAAAUGAUUUGGAUGUACCAUGGAUUUCAAACAUUUCUCAUCGCAAUGCAUCACUGUGUACGAAGGAACCUUCACAAGAAAGGACACAAAAGAAGGUGUAUAAGAUUAGUCAAAAGACUCAUUUGGAAUGCUUAACUGACAUGUGUGCCAAGAAAUUGGGGCUGGAAGAUUCAGAAUUGGUUAAUGUUCUGACCGCACCAAGCAUUUUGCAUGGUAAUGUAUCAUUGUGUCUAAAGGAAGUUUCACGAGAAAGGAGAGUCAAAUGUGAUAAUAAGAGCAGUCAAAAGGCUCGUCUAGAUGGCCUAAUUGAUUUGUCUGCCAAGAAAAUAGAUGAGGAAGAUCCAGGAUCAGUCAAUUCAUCUGAAUCACAUAUGACUAAUGUUGUGGGUGGACUGAGAAACUCAAGCAUGUCACAUGAUAAUGCAGCAUGGUGCCGAAAGAAAGUUUCACUGGAAAGAAAACACAAAUGGAACUGUAAAAAUAGCCAAAAGACUCAUCUAGACUUCUUAAUUGACUUAUGUGCCGAGCAAAUGGGGACGGAUGCCACAAUUUUGGUGCUUGAUAAACUGAGACAAGAAACUGGCCUCAAAGAAUAUAAUAGAAUAAUAAGUCUUUGUGUAGAAGAAGCAAGGAAGAAGAGCACUUUAGAGGAGUCGUUCUAUCAACUUUCCAAAGCCUAUACGUAUCUUAGAGCAAUAAAAGAACGGGGAUUCCAAUUUGAAGAAGAGUCUUAUGGCCCAAUCCUUACGUUUUUAAUAGAUUUUGGCAUGGUCCCCGAGUUCCACUUUUUCUCUGAAAUAAUUAGUGACGGGAAUACUGGUUCACUCCCGAAAUUAGCUUACUACAAAACAUUGCUAUGGAUAAGGACGGAUAAUCAAGAUAAAAUAGAUGAGAUCCUUAAUUCUCUGUCUCUUCAUGGUGGUGAAGACAAAUAUGCUUUUCAAGAAAAUUAUUUGUUAGCUUUGUGCAAUAGCGACCGCAAACAGGAGUGCUUGAGGCUUUUACAAAAUAUUGACAUAACAAGAGUUUCUUCCUUGAAAACCCUGUCUUCCAUCUUUAGCUCAUUGGGGAAGUUAAUAUUAGAGCCCUUUGCAGAAAAGUGGUUUCUGGAUUUGAAGACGACAGAUAUUGGAGAAGAAAACAUCUCAAGUUUCAUCUAUGAUUAUGCUACUAGCAUUCCAAAUUUAAUGGUUGAAGAUGUCGUUCUUAUGUUCAAAAACUUGCACACUCAGUUGGAUGUGGCACUCUCAUCUGCACCUUGUGAGAAGCUCAUUAAGCUCUCCUGCAAAUCACUCAAGGUGCAUACAGCACUCAAUAUAGUGGAUCAAAUGAUUGAUGGGGGUUUGUCUUUAACGACACGAACAGUUAAUGUGAUACUAGAUGCCUGUGAAGGUAGCUUUGAGUAUAAUUUGGUUCGGCGGAUGCAUUCAAUCAUCAGUUCCAAUGAUCUGAAGCCAAACAAUGAAACCUUUGGGAAGUUGAUAAAUUUGUGUGUAAAACUGAAAGAUUUUGACCGAGCAUACCAAAUUAUCAAAGACUUGGGGAAAUCAAACCUGUUGCCUACAGUUAACAUGUACAAUGCCAUAAUGGCAGGCCAUUUUCGCCAGAAAAACUUCCACGGUGGUCUGAUGGUUCUUAAACAAAUGGAAGAUGCAAAUGUGAAACCAGACUCUCAAACUUUUAGCUAUCUUAUAAACAAUUGCAAGAGUGAAGACAAUCUAAACAAGUUUUUUAAUGUGAUGAAGCAUUCUGAAGUUCAAGUCACAAAGCACGUCUGUAUGGCCCUUAUAAAUGCAUAUGCAGCCUGUGGACAGUUUAAAAAAGCUAAGCAGGUAAUCUCAGAUGGAAGGGUACCCAUAAAGAGCUUAAAUGAAGUCAAAAGUGUGCUUGUUUCUGCUCUUGCCUCACAUGGGCAAGUAUCUGAUGCCCUUGAUAUAUAUGAAGAAAUUAAACAAACUAAUUGCAAUUUGGCACCAAAAGCAGUUAUUUCUCUUAUUGAGCACCUUCAGUCUGAAGGAAAUUUGGAUAUAUUACUUCAUCUGCUAGGUGAGUUAGACGACCUGGAUUAUUGGGUCGAAGCAGCCUUCAGAAUCAUAUCGUAUUGCAUUCGGCACAAACACUUCAGACCUGUCAUCGACUUGCUUAAGAAACUCAAGGACAUUUACUGCAAUGAUAACGUGGCUGUAGAAGUUCUUUUUGAUGAGUUUUUUUUCCUUCUUGCGGAAAAACAGCCAACAGACUUGGAGUUUGGGUGGAAUAUGCUUCAAGCUGUUAAGAAUGAGUUAGGGGUUCUCCCAUCCCGCAAGGGCCUCGAUUUCCUCCUCAGUGCAUGUAUAAGCUCCAAUGGGUCACCAAUUUGCUUCAAGAUUUGGGAAGAGUACCAGAAAGCCGGUCUUCCGUACAACACACUAAAUUAUUUGAGGAUGUACCAAGUUCUUUUGGCCUCAGGUUUACUAAAGCCUGCAGCAGAAAUACUAAGUAACAUUUCAAAUGAAGAUCCACACGUUUGGUAUGUCAUCAACGCAUGCCAAACUGUUUACAGAAAUUCUUCUCAAAGCAGAAACAUUGAAACUUUUGUCAAGUAGGCUUCACAGAAGUGCUUAGAAUUGUGAUGUAAAUAUGUAAUUGGUGCCUAUUAUAACGACAACAUGUGUGCUAUAAUAGAUCUAGCGAUAGGAAUAGUAUGAAUGUAAUCUCAAACAGACCGAAGUCUAUUGGAGACAAGUGGAAGAUUGCAGACCAGGGUUCGGAUAGGGUACUCAACGGUCAAAUGUUCUUUACAGUUGUAUAAUUAAUUUAUGAAUGUUCUGGAAUGGCUGUUUAAGGAUGUAUCAAAACAUGUAUUUGUUAGGGACCACUGUAAAUAAACACUUGAGCAUCUUUUAAACACUUCACAUUUGAGGUACUUAACUCUAAGCAUUCAGC